ACUUCACACCUACGCGCAAUUGAAAAAGAGAGAGAGAAAGCUUCCCAGCUUCAUCAAGACCCAUUUCGCUACUCGUCUCUUUCAUGGAGUCCAACGCCCUGAUCGUCAAGCUCCUCCACGGCAAGGACGUGCGAGCGUUCAACUUCUUCCAGAAACUCAACGUCUACGCCCGGGCCUCCGUCGUCAGCGACGACCCGAGCAAGAAGCUGGGCCGGGACCAGCAGCACCGCACUCCGACGGUGAAGGAGUGCGACGGCGACCCGGAGUGGAAGCACGAGAUGCGGUUCGACCUGUCGGAGAUCUCCCUCCGGGACUGCGGCCACGCCUUCCUGCGCGUGGAUCUGUUCCACGAGGGCGUGAUGUUCGGCGACAAGCACAUCGGCGAGGUCCGGAUGCCGCUCACGGACUUGGCCGAGCUAGGGGACGGGGUGGUCAGGUUCGUGAGCUACCAGGUGAAGAACCCGGAAGGGAAGCCCAACGGGGUGCUGACCUUCUCUUACAGUGUGUACGGAAAGGGCGAGACCGGCGACGCCGCGGCGGCCGGGACCGCGCCGGGCCCGAUCGUCGCCGGAUACGCGGUCGUUAAUCCUCCUCCGCCGCACGGGGGAUGGGGCGAAGUAGGAGCCUCCGGUUCGGAAAACCAACCUUGGUCGCCGGAAAUUCAGUACCCAGUGAUUGAUUUUCAGAGCAGCGAAUCAGACGAAACCUAUCCUUCUAUAGUACCUCAACAAAGCUACUAUCCGCCGCCGGAGAGCUACUAUCCUCAGCCGCCACCGAUGCUACCUCCGCUGCCGCGCCCGCCGCCGCCGCCGCCCUUCGCGCACGGGGCGUGUUACUACCCGCCGCCCCCGCCUCCGUUCGGCCCGUGGCAACACGGUCCCUUCGCAGGAGGCCACAGCUCCGGCGGGGGGUGGCGCGGAGGCGGCCCGUGGGAGAGGGAACGGGGAUUGUCCUACUGGAAUGGCAGGUGAGGAUGGAGACGAGACGAGACGGUGGUUUGAAUUGUUGUUGGAGCGUCCGGGUAAUGUCGAUGUGUGUGUGUGUGUGUGUGUUACUGUGCAUAUAUGUAUGUCUGCACUGAAAUGGAUGAUAGCGACCGACGACCGGCUGUUAAGAUCGAUCGAGAUUCGAGAUUUUCCGUUCCCGGAAAGUUUUUUGGCUGGGGAAAACAAUUUGACGGAAUCUGGCCUGCUCUGGAGGUGUAGCAUUUUGCGUUCUGCAGUGUGGCUUCGGUUUUGUGUCAUCAGACAUUAUCAAUGAAAAAGUUCCCAACUUUCAUCGGUA